AUGGCCUCCGCCGAAACAGUUGACCUGGGACCACCCCAUCCCCCCAAAGAGGAAUCCCUCAAACUCUUCAGCGAGAUCGAAUCCGAGCUGAAGAAGACGCUUCUUCACAUGAAGCAUACAUACCGAAAGCACGAACCUGAAUACUUCGCCCCAGUCCAAUCCCUCAGCGACUCCGACCUAACAUCCUUCUCCUCCUCGGACCUAGAACAAGUCCGCGUCGGCAUAUCCGCCUACGGCCUACACCUAUUCGGCAAGCAGCGGCUCCCCGCCAUGCCCGACUCGGGCCCCGCGUACAUCCACUUCCGCGCCUUCGUCGGCGGCGACGGCCACAACGAACCCGGCAUCGCCACCCUCCACAGCAUCCAUACCGAGGAUUUUGAGGAGCCCGACGGCGGCCAUAGGUACCGCGCCAUCUUUACCAAGGAAGAUCCGCUCGAGUGGUUUGACACUUGA